CGGUGCCAUCCUGAUACAUGGUACAACUCCAACGACUCUGAGAACAUCUUGAAAACAUCAGCAUGAAAGAAAUCUUCCUUCUUGCCGCCUUGGUCUCUGUGCUGCGUGCAGAUGAGAUCACAAGACUUGUGGGAGAAAUAAAUGGAUUCCAUGAGCAAGUAAAGUUUGGCACACUCUGCAAAGGAAACCCUACAAACAAACAUAGGAAGUGUGAUUCAUUUGGUUGUGGAAACUAUGGAGCCAGACGAGCUGGAGGGACGCGUAAACACAUGGGCCUAGACAUCGUGUGUACUGAUGGUGACACCGUGCUUGCACCAUUUGAUGUAAAAAUCAAUGGACCUGCUUCCCCAUAUAAAAAAGGAGUAAAGCCAGCAAUCAACAACGGACUUAACCUUAGCGGCCAGGGCCUGUGCUUCAAACUGUUCUAUGUGAAGCCAGUGAAGACUUCUGGGACGAUGAAGAAGGGAGAGAAACUCGGCACCAUGCUGCCCAUGCAGAAAGUCUAUACUGGGAUCACCUCACAUGUCCAUGUCCAGAUGUGUGACAAGUCUGACCCCACAAAGUACUUCUGAACCUGGGCAGUUAUACUUUUACCCUUUUAUAUCCCCCAUAUUAGCAGGUUUCAACCCUCAGUCUCUGUCCAGUCCCCCCCACAUCCAAUUAAAUUGCUACUUCACUUGCAUGUGAUAUACAAAUAACGCAGUUUCUUGCAUGGACAUCCUGCCAGAUGUCAGUUGGCCUAAUAAAGAAUGCUUGUUCGCAGACA